AUGUUUUCAUUAUGUAUUUAUCAGUCAGAAAAUAAUUGUGAAGAAUUAUUUACACCUGUUAUUACCGAUACGGGAUUAUGUUAUUCGUUUAACAUAUUAGGACGAGAAGACAUAUCUUACGACCACGUGUAUAACUAUGCACAAUAUUAUCGCGUUCCUCACAAAAUUGCAAAGCAUUUUAAUUGGAGAUCUGGAUACGAAGAAAAGAUCGGUGUCGAUGCGUAUCCUAGAAGAGCGAUAAUGGCCGGUUAUGACCAUGGACUUCUAGUAUAUUUGAAGUUUAAUGAACAAAUUAAAAAUCCAACCUGUACUGAUUUUUUGCGAGGAUUUCAAGUUUUAAUUCAUAGCCCUUGGGAAGCACCUCUCCUUCAAAAACAUUCCAUUGUUUUGACUACCAAUAAAACUGCAGUAGUUGGUGUUGAAGCUGAACUUGUUCAAACUUCAGUAGAUCUGAUAAAAUAUAAACCAAAUAAAAGAAAAUGUUACCUGUAUUAUGAAGGCUCUCUGAAACACUUUAAAAUUUAUACUCAGUCCAACUGUGUACUUGAAUGUCGAACUGAUCAUGUCUUGAAACAAUGUGGCUGCGUUGAAUAUUUUAUGCCGAAAUUUUUAACAACAGGGAAUAAUACGACUGCGAUUUGUGGUAAUUCUCUUCUCGAGUGUGCAUUAAAUGCUGAAAAUGAUUUCAUAGAAGUACAAAAGGAAUCUAAGAUAAAAGGAUAUGACUAUUGUGACUGUAAACCUGCGUGUUCAAGUUUGAAAUUUAGCGCAGAAAUCUCGCAAGCGAAUUACGAUGAGGAGAAGUUGCUGAGAAGACAGGGACUAACGGAUAUGGAAGCAAAAGGUACGGCUUGGACUCUUUUGCAUAUUUAUUUCAAAGAGGAGUACGUUACAGCAUUGGAUAGAAAUGAACUGCAUGGUAUCUCUGAUUUAAUAUCCAACUUCGGAGGCGUUUUAGGACUAUUUACGUGA